ACCAAGCAUAUUGUUUUGUUACAUCAUGAUCGAUGCAGACCACUUUAUGACAGCACGAUUGUUUCAAACUUCGUCAUUCGUUUGGUUUUCUAAGAGGAACAAACACAGCGCUAACCGAAGUGUCGAGAUGAUUCUUUUUACCUGUCUCCUGUUGGCCCUGGUGGUCAACUGUUCUCAAGCUACUCCUGGAUGCAUGGCCGGAGAUGUCGAAACGGCUAUGCUCGAAUGUACCGUCGAGGACAUUGUCAGUACCAUAAUCGAGAAUGCUGACUACUCUGCCUUACUCGGGGAAGGGGAAAAUGCAAUUGACAUUGGAGAUGCCGACAUUGCAAGCCGGUUUGGCAAAGCAAAUUAUUUGGCACAAAUUCUCCUUGCUCUCGAAUCACCUGUUUCUAAUUGUGAAGCAACGGUUUCAGACGUGACUGGUAACGAAGAGGAUAAUGAAAUUGAGGACGCUGUCGAAGAGGUAAACGAGCCUGAUAUCGCGGAUGAACACCACGAAACUGAUGAUGAGGGACAAGAACACGUAGACCAGAACCAGAAUACUGAACAAGAUGGAGAAGACGAAGAAGAAACUGAAGAAACCGAACGAGACCCAGAGUGUUAUACCAGAGAAGAUGGUGGAGAUUACUUUGGCACUAUUUCCGUCACAGAAUCUGGACUUACGUGUCAGCGUUGGUCGGAACGUACACCUCACCGACCUGUGAAAAAGUACAGAGGGUACGGAAAUAAUAUAUUGUUUCCUGCUUACUUUGGCGAUCACAACUACUGUCGAACACUGGGUAAUACAGCACCAGUAACACCACGACAAAGUAGUAGAAGAUCUAGGCCUUGGUGUCAUACUAUGGAUCCAGAAGUACGCUGGGAGUACUGUGAUGUCCCUGCACCUUCAGAGUCAUGCUGAUCCAGACCGGCUAUGGCAGAUGACGAUGUUCACCAGUAGGCCUACAUACGUAGCUGGUCUAGCAAAUUGAGAACUAACAAAUAAAAUUCUUCAGAUUAA